UUUGCGUGCUCGUCAACAUGCUGAAGACCCGGCAGUGUUUACUUGGCAUCCGCACUUUUCUCGGCGUAACGUCGAGAAUAUGGGGCUUCAUCAUGUACAUCCUCAGGAAGCACCUACGAACGAUAAUCCAGUAUCAGACGGUGCGAUACGACACUUUGCCUCUGUCGCCUAUCUCCAGAAACAGACUCAAUGCAGUAAAGAGGAAGAUUCUGGUUCUGGACCUGGACGAGACGCUGAUCCACUCUCACCACGACGGCGUCCUCAGACCCACAGUGAGACCUGGCACGCCGCCAGACUUCAUCCUCAAAGUCGUCAUUGACAAGCAUCCAGUCAGAUUCUUCGUACAUAAAAGGCCGCAUGUCGACUUCUUUUUAGAAGUGGUGAGCCAGUGGUAUGAGCUGGUGGUUUUCACAGCCAGUAUGGAGAUCUACGGCUCAGCAGUGGCAGAUAAGCUGGACAACAAUAGGAACAUCCUGAAACGCAGAUACUACAGACAGCAUUGUACAUUGGAUCUAGGUAGUUAUAUUAAAGACCUGUCUGUAGUACACGAUGACCUGUCCAGUAUUGUCAUCCUGGACAACUCGCCUGGUGCUUAUCGUAGCCAUCCAGACAAUGCAAUACCUAUCAAGUCCUGGUUCAGCGACCCUAGUGACACAGCACUUCUUAACUUGCUGCCUAUGCUGGAUGCACUAAGAUUCACCGCUGAUGUUCGCUCCGUCCUCAGUCGAAACCUCCACCAGCAUCGACUCUGGUGAUUGGCUGAAUCGGGAGGGGCGGGGCUUGUUGACCAGCCUCUUCCUCUCUGCCGGCCUCCAUCCUGCCCUCCGUUCCCACACAGGCGGACCCACCAGCCCUCUCUGAGCCUCUCAGACAUGUCCUGAGGAGAUGAGGGUUGGGGUGACAGCCUCACACGUGAUGAAGAGUAUUGGGGUCACCAGAGCCCAGAAACUACUGAGGGGGGGGCAGCAGCAGCUUGUUUCUUUUUUUUUUUCUUGAUUCUUCAUUUGUAUUUUUUUUUUUUUUUUCAAAACAAACCGGAGCCUCUCUGCCUUAUUGCUCCUGAUACUGACUGUGUGCGUAUGGAGGUGAGCUUGUGUACGAGAGUCGGAGUAUGCUUGCCAAGUACGUUAGUCCUUUUUAAACUUUUUUGAGAAUCGGGACGGGAGGGGGGGAGAGGAGGAUCAGCAAAGCGACAAAGACAAUUCUACAUUAUUAUUUCUCCUUCUUCUCCAUCAUCAUCAUCAGACGUUGCACUUAAGCAGACAAUUUAUCAAUUUACUGUCUUAACCGCUCAGUGCGACUGAGCCGGGGAAAAUAGAAACACCGCCCCUUUUUAGAUCAACCUCAACGAUAACUAAUUGAUUGCUGAGGUAUGUUUGUUUUCCCUAAACAAGACUGGAUCAACUCAAACGGUAUAACCGAUGGACUUUUGCUUGCAACAUACCAUCCACAGGCAUUUUUCUGGACAAAUAGCCGAGCAGCCUGAGAUCUUUUUUUUUUUUUUGUUUGUUUUUUCAGCCGUAACGGUCACUCUUUCUACGAAAGCUCCACGUGGAACUCUGUGAUAAAGACUUGACUGAGAAAAGGACCGGCUCGUAACGAUAUGUGGACUGCCGUGCCGCCUUUCCAUAUCUGAUUGUUUCUCUCUUAUAUGUGAUAAUAUGACUUCUUCAAAUCACGACAUUUUGCCCCCCCCCCCCUUGCCAUCUGAUGCCAUCCUGAUUUCAUCCAAUAGGAAUUGCACUUGAUUUUUUUUUCUCCCCCCCUUUCCAUUUUUUGUUGCAGUUGGUUUUGUAUUUGAUUCAAAUUUGCAGCCUUCCUCUUUGAGUUUUGACCCGCUCCGCUUCCUGUAUGGGUUCAACUAUUAGACCUUCCGUCUUUAAAUGCCUUCUGAACAAUGUCUUGUUGUCAAGGCUCUCACCGGCUUCUUAUUGGCUCUGUCUCCAGGUCUGUGUUACUAAUAAAACACUUGUCAGUAUCGGACCGUUAUUAUCCAGCUUCUUGUUGUUUUUUAGAAUUCAUUCUGCAGUCUUUUCCGUACUCGAGGGAUAACAUUCUGCAGCGUGUCGACUGAACACCUUUCACUGAGGUGAGAAAAAGCUUUAGGGAAUUCCCACAGCGUCUGCUCGAGGCAGUUUGUUUUUUCUAACAAUCUGCUGCCAUCAUGUGGUGUGACAGAAAACUGCAUUCGUCCACUCAGAACUCCUACCUCGCUAGAGAAAGAAACUGUUUAAUGUUGGUUCAGGUUCUUGCUUUCAAAUAAAGGCAACGGACAACUUGUGUGCUUGUUGAAGAGCUAGUGUGUCAUAUAUGACACUUAGUAGCUCAAUAAGACCAAAUGCAACAUGUAUUCAUGUGAUAAAUGGUACCUUCAUGGCUCACGGUUAUAAUAAGAGAGGCGUUGACUCAACUGUUUAUUAUUUUGGGGGUUGAAGUCGUUGGUGCUCUUGGGUUGUUUUGCAUUAUACUGACAAAGUGAUGCUUUGUCCACCUCCUUUAAAUCAAUGAGGACAUAAUUCUUUAUAAUAAGUCUUUAUAAUGCAAUAAAAUUCAACAGCACCACAAGCUACAUCACCGUCAUGAAGGAAGGCAUCUGUACUACGGGUGGGCCGAGUGUAUAUUGGUACAUAAUAGCUGUUUUUCACUCUACCUCCUCCUGAUAAUGGUAUUAAAGUAAAACCGAAAGUUUGAAACGGUGAAUGUGCAUCUCUUGUUUAAAGUAAUUUUCCUCCUGUAGGAAAACCAACCACCUUGUUAAAUGUCACCACCUGUUACUUUUGUCAACCAUUCCUGGGUAAGCAAAGACUUUCUCUCUCUCUUCUUUCACCUUCCCCAAAGCUGGAGGUGCAAUGGAGAGGGAUGGCGGAUGCUUCUUGGAUGCACAGUACAGUCUGCUAGUAUACACACAGGUGGAGAUACGGAGAGAUGUCUGUAACUUGGACCAGGAACUGACCAGACUCUGAGGCACGGCUGAGCUGUAGCUGCUGAGUGAUGGGAGACUUUGUUGUUAGGAUAACAUAAUAGUUUGCAGGGGAAGAUGUAGGCUUUACUUGGGAUUUGUCACCGACGACGAAGAGCUUUUGUGGGGGAAAUCAUAUGGCAGGGAGCAAGAUACUGAGGUCUCUGUGCUCCUCUGUUACGAGGAACUCUGAAGAGACAAAAAGAGGCAGUCAACGAAAUUGACUUUUAUUUUAUAGGCUACUCCCAUCAUCAAAAAUGGACUUUUGCCAUUUAUGAUGUAGGUCUGUCAUACCUUUAAAGUCCCACAAUAAGCCCCGUAGUAUGACUCAAAGUUGUACUCUACCGUUUGCACGAUAACCUGAAGCUGCUGUCGGUAACUAUCGGUAUUCUAAAAUCUGUAUUUUGAACCAUACUGGGGAAAAAAAACUUUAACAUGGUCACCUAUAAUUAUGAGUUAACAUUGUGGUUUGAAAGAAAGGGUUGUUUCCCAGUUUGUUUCCAUUGUUAAAGAGAAGUCUGUAACACAUGAAGGACUUUUCAGAUGUAUGCAGUCUGCAUAUCAAAGCACAGAGGGUGGAGAGUAAUGAGUGAGUCAUACAGCUGAGUCACGAGCACAAUAUACUGGUUGGAGUGUUUCAAGACAUGGACAUAUGAAUGGCAAACUGGGACUCUGACAUAUUGCAGACUACACUGGCUGGUCACUGAGCAGUUCCUCGUAAAUUCCCCAAACUAUUGGGGCCUAGUAGUUUCCCUAAAACCAUGCAGCAUUCACCUUCAUUCCACACCAAUAAACCUUUAUAAAAUAACUAGAACAUGAACCCCUUUGAUUUUACAUUUGAUUUCCCCCAUAAUUCUUCCAUAAAUCGGGUUAACUGUUUGUAUAAUGCUUGUUAUGAUGUGCCUGAUGUGGCAACAGCG